UUCUUCCACACUCAGAGUACGCACGCUCUGAUUCUCUCUUUCGAUUCUUCCAAAAUCAGAGUCAGACUGGUCCCGGUGCCAUGAACAGAGACGAAGACUGUGCAAAGAGAGCUAGGGAUGAUGCUCAAACACCAGAGAAGAUACAAAAGCCCUUUGAUGAUAUUGCCAAAUACUUCUCUGAGAAAGAGUGGGAAAAGAUGAAAUACUCGGAGAAAAUCAUCUAUGUGUACAUGAAGAGAAAGUAUGAGGCCAUGACUAAACUAGGUUUCAAGGUCACCCACCCACCUUUCAUGCGUAAUAAACGGGCCACAGACUUCCAGGGGAAUGAUUCUGAUAAUGACUGUAACCGCGGGAAUCAGGUUGAACGUCCUCAGAUGACUUUCGGCAGGCUCCAGGGAAUCUUCCUGAAGAUCAUGCCCAAGAUGCCAGCAGGGGAAGGAAAUGAUUCGAAGGGAAUGUCAGAAGCAUCUGGCUCACAAAACGAUGGGAAACAGUUGUGCCCCUCGGGAAAACCAAGUACCUCUGAGAAGAUUAACGCGACAUCUGGAAAUAGGGAGGCCCAAGAAGAGGAAGAGAGACCCGGGACAGCUCACUGGUGGAGCAGUCAGAACACACACAACAUUGGACCCAAAAGAGGGAAACAUGCCUGGACCCACAGACUGCAUGAGAGAAAGCAGCUGGUGAUUUAUGAAGAGAUCAGCGACGCUGAGGAAGAUGACGAGUAA